AUGGCUACACACAACAAUGGCAUCGAUGCGCCGGUCGCAAGCACCAACAAUCUGGAGUUUCGCGCACUCGUCACUCAAGCACAAACAAGCGCCGACUUGGAUUCGAAGUUGACCGUCAUGCAAGCCCUCAAGAAGCACAAGAAAGCUGUCUUCUGGGCCAUGAUUCUCUCAACCAGUUUGGUCAUGGAGGGUUAUGAUCUGGUCAUUAUCAACUCGUUCUAUGGUCAACCACAAUUCCAGCAAAGAUUCGGCGAGCAAGUCUCACCUGGGAAGUGGGCCAUCUCCGCUGCCUGGCAGUCUGGACUGUCCAACUCGGCUGUUGUUGGCCAACUGAUUGGUCUCGUCUUGAACACAGAGUUUCAAGAUCGCUUUGGGUCUCGUCACACCAUGAUGUUCUUUAUGGUGUGGUUAGUCGGCGCUAUCUUCAUUCCUUUCUUCGCCCCUUCUCUCCCCGUCCUUGCUGUCGGAGAAGCCCUCUGCGGCAUCCCAUGGGGUGUCUUCCAGACCCUUUCCACCUCAUACGCUUCUGAAGUCGUUCCGACCGUUCUUCGACCAUAUGUAACAGCCUAUGUCUGCAUGUGCUGGGGAGCCGGCAUCCUUCUGUCAUCUGGUGUCGCUCGUGCUGCCAUCACGCUCAAUGGAGAUAUCGCCUGGCGCCUUCCGUUUGCUCUACAAUGGAUGUGGCCAGUACCACUCUUCGUUCUGGCAUAUCUCGCCCCAGAGUCGCCAUGGAACGCAGUCCGACGCCAAAAGCUCGAUCUCGCGAGGAACAGUCUACACCGUCUCAUCGACCAAGGCCCUGCCCAUGAGGCUGAGGUAGAAUGCAGUUUGGCUUACAUUAUAUACACCAACGAGCAAGAGCAGAUGGAAACAGAGGGUGCUAGAUUGAUCGAUUGCUUCCGUGGCACCAACCUUCGCCGAACCGAGAUCAACUGUGUAGUUUGGGCAGCUCAAAUCCUCUGCGGAAAUGCGAUCCUGGGUUACAGCGUGGUGUUCCUGGAAGCCGCAGGUUUUGCUCCCGUCGCAGCGCUCAAUUUGAACAUCGCGCUUUCCGCUUGCUACAUCGUGGGCGGCGUCAUUUGUUGGUUCUUGUUCCCCCGCUUCGGUCGGGCGACAAUCUACAUGACUGGACUUACCUUCAUGUUCUUCUGUCUUGUCGCCAUCGGUGGCCUCGGCUUCAGCACCAGCAAGCAUGCUGAGUUGGCCAUCGGCAUCUUACUCAUCGUGUCUACUCUUGCCAACAUGAUUACGAUCGGUCCGGUAUGCUAUCCGAUUGUAUCUGAAACACCUUCAGGUCGCCUGCGCUACAAGACCAUCACUAUCGGUAGAUUUGUGUACAACCUGACGGGUAUCUUCUCAAACAGCGUCACACCACGCAUGAUCUCUGCGUCUGCAUGGAACUGGGGCGCCAAAGCCGGUCUCUUCUACGCCGGCACGAAUCUGCUCUGCAACAUCUGGUGCUGGUUCCGCCUGCCGGAGACAAAAGAUCGCAGUUUUGGCGAGAUUGACCUGCUCUUCGAACACAAAGUCCCAGCUAGAAAGUUCAGGACCACAGAGGCCGACCAGUUCGCUACCAGCCAGUUGAUCUUGGAUACUAAAGAGAAAGAGGUGGCCGUUCACGUCGAGAAUGUCACACAGUAG